AUGAUUGUCAUCUUAAUAAUGACAGAAACAACCCUGAAGAAUUUCAUGGAGUCAAUCAAUCAAAUACCCGAAAUGCGUGAAUGCACAAUAGUCAAUAAAUCGAUAUUUCUAACUAGCGUUAUUACCAUAUCCAUUGCCAAUGGACGCCGAAACUCCAGCCACGAAGAUGUGGAAAGAAAUGGGUACAAACGUGCUGGUAGCGCUACUUUUAGCAUGGAAAUCAAUGCGAGGAAUCAACGAGUUAAAGACAUCGAACUGGCGAGUCGCUGA